AUUGCCAUUAGGCGCCGGGACGUUAAAUAUACUUUGGCCCCCCAAUUAACCACAACCAGAGGAAACCGUGUUAAAAGUGUUUUGUAGGAUGAAAAGAAGGUGAAGGGUGAAUGUGCGGAAGGAACAACUGGCUUUCACUGUUCACUCAUUUUCAGGAUGAAAAUAAAAUUGAAAGUGAAACAAGUAGUGGAUUCUGCCUGCAGCAAGGAUGAUAUUUGUUUCUACAAAAUUGAAUGGCUUCCAACUUGGGUUCCAAGCACUGAGUUAAAAGAUGUUCAACAUCUGGUGGAUAGUUUUUGGGCCAAAAAGAAUGAAGAAAAAGAGAGUAGCAAGUCUGAUGAAGAUAAAAUGUUUGCUGCAUGUUUUUUCUGCGAGCAAGAAGUAUCCGCUGACAACCUCUGCCAUCAUGAAAAAGAACAUGUGGGGAAGAGCACUUUUGAUGAUAUUGCAGAAUCACUAACAACUACAAGUGGGUGUCUGGCAGAAGGGAUUCUGAUGUUUUCUAGUAAGAACAACAAGAAUGAUUUAUCGACCGAUAAAAUACAGACCCAUUGCAGUCCUUGUGAUAAAAACACUUGUCCCAAUGUAAGUGUGGACGAUGUACCCAAUUCUCCUUUUUCAAUUCCGAGUAGUAGUGACGAGUUACCCGAUUUUCUGUGCCCGAAAUGCAACAAAUGUUUUAGAAGCUUCAACGAGUUUCGUCAACACUAUCAGUGGCAUCGAACAGCCGCAACAGAUGCAAGAUUCUUCGAGUGUGGAACUUGUCAACGCAAGUUUGUGUCAAAGGAUCUUUUUGACAAACACAAUCAACUGCACGUCGCUUCCAACCGACGGCAAAAGUCGUACGGCAAGAAAAUAACUUCAACUAAGAAGCGACGGCCCUUGCUUUCAAAAGGUCCAGGCCCGGUUCCACCGCCUAGUAUAGCCGUGUCGGAAGUUAUUGAUACUUUACGUAAUAAUGAGUCAGAUAUUGAAAGUCUUCUCCCAGUGAAAAAGCGAGGACGAAAAAAGAAGGAACAAUCGGGGGAGAAGAAGAAGAGGGGGCGUCCGGAUGACGAUUUUACGCCGGAUGUUUUGCGGUCGGCGCGACAAUAUAUAAAGUCUGUUAGUAAACGUCGAAAAGAAAUCAAAAUGAUGCGUUUGUCAGCCGAAACCAAUAAAACGUCGACGGUCGGCAUACUUGACGGCAUUGGUGUCGACGUUGCACUAAAGAAAUCUGAAGACGCCUUACCAAUUAUGUCGUGUAUAAACGGACGGCAAGCGUACGCGUGUAAAGUUUGUGGAAAAGUUUUCUUUAACAAGUUUCAUCACCGUGAACACUAUAACGUUCACAGUGGCGAAAUGCCCUACGAAUGCGAGUUUUGUGGAAAGCGAUUCGCGCAACGCUCCGGUUGGAAUCGUCAUAUCAAAUUACAUCAUAAAUAUGAAGUAUUUUCAGGACCCAUACCCCGAAAAUUUGAGAUGACCGCUGCUAAACCUGCUGAUUUACCUGGCUCGAAUACUUUAGAAUCUGCUAUUAAUAACAUAGUGUUUCACAGAAACGAAACAACUCCUGUGCCGACAACGUCAUCACAUUUCCUUCAACAAACUGACACGUCCACCCCAUCCACUGCAUUGAGCAUUACAACCUAUGUGCAAGGCGCUGUUAGGACGUCGAAUGUACCAACACAUACUACAACGGCGAUCUAUAAUGCUGAUGCACUUAGUGAUGAGGGUAAACAAAAGCAGUUGAUAUUUCAGUGCAAAAAAGUACGCACGCCGAGUAAAGGACUUAUUUUCAUGAUCAGGUACGCAUACAGCAUGAAACAAAAUUAUUAUAACUCUGAUUUUGUGUAUGUUUUGGAUUCCUCAGGUCACGUGUCGUCACGCAUUAACGCCAGUGAAUAUCCUGUGGGAGAGUGGUUAGACUUUCCUUUAGACGAAACGGCCAACGACGUUUUAUUGGAACGGAUACGAGAUUUUGAUGCGUUUAACAACUGCCGUAAAAGACUGAAGGGAACAUUUUGUGCAGAUUCACAGGAAGUUCAAGAAUCUUCAACUCAUCUCCAAUCUCCUUCCAAAGCCUCUGAUGUGGCUAAUCUUCCAUUUACGUCAUCUCUAACAGAACCAACCACAGCGACAGUUCAACCCGUUAUUGCAUCCAAACAAAAAGAAACGCCCGCGGUGGAGGCUCAGCCAGUUAUGGCGUUUCAAACAGAAACCCCUGUGGUGGUGAUGGCCCAACCAGUCAUUGUUCAGGAUUUGCAAAAUGGAAACCCUACCAUACACAAAGUAACCCACGGUAGAUCGUUUCGCUCUGGACGCGACAAAAGGUUCCAGUGUACAGUAUGCGGUCGAAAAUUCUUGGCGCAAGCGCAUUUGAACGAUCAUAUGUUGAUACAUACAGGCGAAUUACCAUUCAAGUGUAUGUUUUGCGCGCGACCGUUUCGACAUAAAUCUGCUCUGAACUGUCAUCACAAAAGACAUGUGGAGAAGGGAAUUUAUAAUCGACCAAUCAGUGGCGCGAAACGCGCUUCGAAAAAAGCUUCCUGGCUAACAGAGCACACUGAAGAGACGCAAAGUGAGAAAGUAGGAUUGUCUAAUAAAUUAACAGCGAAACCAAAACGAAAAGGUCGGAAGCCGAAGCAAUUACGAAAAACAAGCGAAAAUGCAUUUUCUAUAAACGACAGUUAUCCUGUUCGUAUAAAAGCAGAGGAAGGGAUUGAUAUCAGUGAAAACGCAACCACGCCCGACCUGUCACAGGGAGCGGAUUCGUACGGUUUCGAAUGUAAUUUUUGCAGUCUGAGAUUUCCAAUGAGAACUGCCUAUUUGAAGCAUGUCAAUGCUGUACACAAAGCAUCAAGACUUUCAGCAACUUCACUGCUCUUGAAUGGAGAGAAUGAUUCUUUUUCUCAGAGGGUAAUCGACAAUAGCUUAGCCGAUCUGGAUGUAAGGAUGGACGACUUAGGUAAUAAUGGAAUGGAUUACUUGUUUCCUGAUAUUAAAAUAAAAGAAGAAGUUAUAGAAGAUUUUUAGAUAAAAAAAACUUUUCUUGUGGUGUACACGUUUUAGUGUUUGCAUCUACACCUCUAUAUUUCUCUGGAACGGCCUUGACCGUUGCUUAUUUUGUGCUUGUUGACUAUUUGCACCUGAAAAGAUAUAACUUAAGUGUAUUGCUUGCUUUUCCACAAGGCGAAUUGUAAAUAGCGUGCGUUUUUGAUUUCCACGAGUGAGAAAAACAUGUGCGAAAUUGAGACAGUUAUCUUGAAUUCUUUCCAGUAUGAGUUUUUUUUAAAAAUUAAAAACUAAUAACUGCGUUCUGAUAGGUUAAAAGUUUACGGCGAAAUUAAUAGGCACUAAACAUUAGGAUUUGUUUCGGCUUUUUAGCGGGGCGAAUCUUUCGAAGCAAAGUCAAAAAAAAACAAUACUGCGCAUGCUCUGAUAAACUUCGCCGUCCGAUUCGCUUCGUGGAAAUCCGUCUUCAGUCUAGUGCGAACAUGCAAAACUUAAAUAACUUCUAGACCUUUUUGGUUUCUGUUUUUCUUUUUUUAGCCUCUUUUUAUUAACUUAAUCCAGGCUGGAAGUUGCUUACAAGUUGCUUCGCUUUUUUUUGAAGGAUUUCAGCCUCGUGUUGCAUAUGAAAUGUUGCUUAUAAAAAAGCGUAUAGUGUAAGAUAUAUAUUUUAAAUUUUUAAUGCUUCCAAAAAUUCUUACUGUGUGUAUAUUCGUAAUUAGCAAAGUGGAUUUCUAUUUUCACAAGUGACUACGAAUACUGCAAAACUACUUCAGUUGUAGCAUUUAGGAAUUCCCUUCUUCAAAAAAGUCUUGAGUCUUAUUGUUUGUUUAAGUUGUACUCUGAAGGUUAGGCGUGGUUGUUCUCCACCGGCAAUCCAUACCAAUGCGUCCCCCUUGCAUAUACACUCUCUUCCAUGGUUGAUUUUUUAAAUUAAGCAAGGGCUAUGCCCACAGUAACCCACACGAAGAAGUGCGUUUGUGGAAUUAUAAAUUUUUGAAGUGUUUUUAUGCGAUUAUUCUCAAGCGAAGAGUUAGCGAGACAAGUUUUGUGUUGCCUCAAUUAAUCGUGAGUUGUUUUGCUAUUCAAGGGGUUAGAUGUUUUUAGAAUAAUACAAUUUGUUUCGAAUAAAGUAUGUAAAUACAAUCUGAUCUGUGUACAAGUGUGUUAAAUUAUAAAUUUUGUUUUGUAAGAUAUAUUUUGUAUAAUAUAUAUGACAUAAUGUUUAGGGUAGUUGGUCCGCAAUUCGUAGUAGUUUUAAGUACGUACGUUUCGUAGGAUUUAUUGUCGCUACGGAUUUUAUUCGCGCAUAUUAAAUUUUGCGGCAUUCGCGCAAAAAUCUGAUAAAUGCGAAAUUUAACGCUCCAGGAAAA